UGUGUGUGUGCGUGUGUUCAUAUUAAUGUGCAGGUGCGGGAGGAGAAGUUUCUCAUAAUGAAGUUUCUAAUCUCAUUGUGUGUGCUUCUGCUGCUGCUGAUUAAUGGUGGAAUAAUCAAUGGACAAACACCAGGCCAGCUACAAACUAGUGCAGCACCACAGACAGCAGCGACAUUGAACACAACUGCCUCACAACCUGGAGUUAAAGCUGUCAGGUUGGUGAAUGGAUCCAACCUCUGUUCUGGAAGAGUGGAGGUUCUCCACAAUGGAACAUGGGGAACAGUGUGUGAUGAUUCCUGGGAUUCUAUAGAUGCAGCAGUGGUGUGUAGAGAACUGGGCUGUGGGAGUGUUAUUGAAGCAAAGAGUAAUGCUUAUUUUGGACAAGGUUCUGGACAAAUAUGGUUAGAUGAUGUCCAGUGCCGUGGGAAUGAAUCUACACUGAAAGACUGUUCAUCAAGAGGAUGGGGAACACAUAACUGUGGGCACAAUGAAGAUGCUGGAGUCAUCUGCCAAGGCCAGCUACAAACUAGUGCAGCACCACAGACAGCUUCAACAUUGAACACUACUGCCUCACAACCUGGAGUCAAAGCUGUAAAGUUGGUGAAUGGAUCCAACCUCUGUUCUGGAAGAGUGGAGGUUCUCCACAAUGGAACAUGGGGAACAGUGUGUGAUGAUUCCUGGGAUUCUAUAGAUGCGGCAGUGGUGUGUAGAGAACUGGGCUGUGGGAGUGUUAUUGAAGCAAAGAGUAAUGCUUAUUUUGGACAAGGUUCUGGACAAAUAUGGUUGGAUGAUGUCCAGUGUCAUGGAAAUGAAUCUACACUGAAAAACUGUUCAUCAAGAGGAUGGGGAUCACAUAACUGUGGGCACCAUGAAGAUGCUGGAGUCAUCUGCCAAGGCCAGCUACAAACUAGUGCAGCACCACAGACAGCAGCGACAUUGAACACAACUGCCUCACAACCUGGAGUUAAAGAUGUCAAGUUGGUGAAUGGAUCCAACCUCUGUUCUGGAAGAGUGGAGGUUCUCCACAAUGGAACAUGGGGAACAGUGUGUGAUGAUUCCUGGGAUUCUACAGACGCAGCAGUGGUGUGUAGGGAACUGGGCUGUGGGAGUGUUAUUGAAGCAAAGAGUAAUGCUUAUUUUGGACAAGGUUCUGGACAAAUAUGGUUAGAUGAUGUCCAGUGCCGUGGGAAUGAAUCUACACUGAAAGACUGUUCAUCAAGAGGAUGGGGAUCACAUAACUGUGGGCACCAUGAAGAUGCUGGAGUCAUUUGCCAAGGCCAGCUACAAACUAGUGCAGCACCACAGACAGCUUCGACAUUGAACACUACUGCCUCACAACCUGGAGUCAAAGAUGUCAAGUUGGUGAAUGGAUCCAACCUCUGUUCUGGAAGAGUGGAGGUUCUCCACAAUGGAACAUGGGGAACAGUGUGUGAUGAUUCCUGGGAUUCUAUAGAUGCGGCAGUGGUGUGUAGAGAACUGGGCUGUGGGAGUGUUAUUGAAGCAAAGAGUAAUGCUUAUUUUGGACAAGGUUCUGGACAAAUAUGGUUGGAUGAUGUCCAGUGCCGUGGGAAUGAAUCUUCAGUGAAAUACUGUUCAUCAAGAGGAUGGGGAUCACAUAACUGUGGGCACCAUGAAGAUGCUGGAGUCAUCUGCCAAGGCCAGCUACAAACUAGUGCAGCACCACAGACAGUAGCGACAUUGAACACAACUGCCUCACAACCUGCAGUCAAAGCUGUAAAAUUGGUGAAUGGAUCCAACCUCUGUUCUGGAAGAGUGGAGGUUCUCCACAAUGGAACAUGGGGAACAGUGUGUGACGAUCUGUGGGAUUCUACAGAUGCAGCAGUGGUGUGUAGGGAACUGGGCUGUGGGAGUGUUAUUGAAGCAAAGAGUGAUGCUUAUUUUGGACAAGGUUCUGGACAAAUAUGGUUAGAUGAUGUCCAGUGUCAUGGGAAUGAAUCUUCACUGAAAAACUGUUCAUCAAGUGGAUGGGGAUCACAUAACUGUGGGCACAAUGAAGAUGCUGGAGUCAUUUGCCAAGAUGUGAGUGACCCCUGUUCUGAGCUCAACUGCACUGAGGAUGAACUGUGUGGAGAGAAAAAUGGCGUUUACGGCUGUUUCUGUAACAAGAGCCAUCAAAGACCUGACCCAGACUUUUUUGAUUUUUCUGAGGUUUGUGAAAGCAGCUCUGGUUCCAUGUCCCUGUCUCGCUGUCUGCUCUUUGAGGCUGGUUUUCCUGCUGACAACUUACACCUCAAUGACCCCAGCUGCAAAGGAACAGUCCGGAAUGGCAGAGUGGAGUUCUAUUUUGACAACAAUGACCACACCUGUGGUACAAACCUUGUGGCCAAUGGCACCCACUUCAUCUAUGAGAACUUUAUUUUCGGAGCUCAGGAUUUGACCAAAGGUCCCAUCAGCAGGAAGAGAAUUCUAAAGCUGAAUUUCAGCUGUAUAUACCCCCAAACUGAAACACUUUCUUCAAAUAUGGAAAUCAAUCCACUAGAGAGCAUUGUCCACAAGGAGCUUCCAGCUGGUCAAGGGACAUAUCAGGUCAGGAUGGUUCUGUAUCAGGAUGCUGAGUUCUCCCAGCCCUUCAAUGGAAGUGUGAACAUGGAGCUAAACCAGCAGAUGUUUGUGGAAGUUCGUGUUGAGGGGGUUGACAGCCGUCAGUUUGCCACAGUGAUUGACAAAUUUUGGGCGACACCUGCCAAUGAUCCUCAUCACUCGAUCCGCUGGGACCUCAUCAGCAGAGAGUGUCCCAAUCCAAAUGACGACACAGUUGAGCUGCUGCAGAAUGGAGUCUCCACAUCCAGCCGUUUUUCCUUCAGGAUGUUUGUCUUCACUGCAAACUCCACUAAGGUUUACCUGCACUGUGCUGUUCACCUUUGCCUUCUGUCAGGAAAUCACUGCUCAACUCACUGUGACUCUGAACACCACUGGAGAGAGAGCAGGUCUGUGGAAAUCCAUGACAGUGCGUUCAUCUCCAUGGGUCCCCUGAUGUUGUCUGAAAUGAACUAAGUGUUUUUUGUUUUGUUUUUUUAACUCUUAUCUAAUUCAGUUGUGUGAUGUAUUGUUGCAUAUUUUAAAAAUUUACUAUAUCUCUGUUUAGAAUCUUUUACAUAUCACUCUAUUAUAUUUCUUGUUCAUGGGUAUUUGGGCCCCAGAACAACAGAACAUAUCCACGGCUCCAAGUAUGUGUGGUUCUUUGAUUAUAUUAUUUGUUUCUCAUUUUUUUGUACAUGCAUAUCAUGUUUUACAUACAGUGCCCUCCACAAUUAUUGCCACCCUUAGUAAAUAUAAGCAAAGGUGGAUGUGAAAAUAAAUCUG